AUGACCGUCGAACACCCUCAUGAUGUCUACCGCACCGUGAACCUAGUGACACAAGUCCUAUGUAUUCCAAUCUGCACGGCGUUCGUGGCCUUGAGAUUCUACACGCGGUUCCGCUUUAAGCAGAAUCUGGGGGUGGAGGAUUGGGGAUGUCUCGUAGCGUGGGCUCUCUUCAUGGGAUACUGUGGGAUCAGUAUUCUCGUUGGAAAACAUGGAGGAGGAUACCAUAUCACGGACGUCAGCCCAGAGGAACAAGUCUUGUUUAGGAAGUUUUGUUACAUCGCCACCAUUCUUUACUGCCCAAUGGCUCUAUUCGUGAAAAUCGCCCUUCUCUCCAUUCUCACACGCAUCUUCGCUCCUUACCGCGGCAAAGUCUGGUUCAUCUACGGCUUCCUAGGCUGCCUCUGCACAUACUACAUCAUUGCGCUGAUCGUCAAGAUUCGCAUGUGCAAUCCUAUUCCUUAUUACUGGUUAGGCCCGAAGCUUCAAGGGGGUGGUACCUGUCUCGACCAAGCCGCCGCCUUGAUCGCCGAUUCAGUCAUCAGUCUUGUGAGCGAUAUCAUUAUUCUCAUUCUGCCGUUGCCAUUGACAUGGUCAUUGCAAAUGUCUCGGAACAAAAAGCUGCGCGUUAUUGGUCUGCUGAGUGCAGGUGGUCUCGCCACAGCCUUUAGUCUGUAUCGACUUGUUUUGGUGCUGAGAGACGGUCAGUCGAAAGAUCAGACCAUCGUCUUCAUGUGUGUCAUUCUUUCUGGCAACGCUGAGGGCGGCGUCGGUCUGAUCUGUGCCUGUCUUCCCAUCUUGAACGUUCUCCUUGCCCACUACAAGAAGGAGUACUCAUCACAGAAAUACUACGCCCAUGGUUCCGACAUGCAUCUCGGUGAUCGUUCUCAGGGCAGCAAAGCCGCGAGUCGAUGGGAGAACGCCCCCAACUUUGGUGACGAGAGCCAUCUUGUAUCUUAUGCCGGCACGCCGGCAACUAAUGAGUCGAUCCACAAUGUCGAAGGCAUCCGUAAGACGGCCGCUGUCGAACAAACAGUGGAGAGCGCGAGUAAUGAUAGCGGGAGUUGUUGA